AUGUGUGUGUGUGUUAUUAAUAUCUUAAAUUUUAAAAAAUGUCUGAAUCGAUGGUAAAGUUAUUUACAUUGAAUGAAUUGGUCAAACAUAACAACAAGAAGUCCGAAUCGGUUUGGCUAUUGAUAGACAACUCUGUCUAUGAUGUGACCAAAUAUCUUGAGGAACAUCCCGGAGGUGCAGAAGUACUGUUGGAACAGUCGGUUAGUAGUGGUGAUGGUCUAACCGAUGCCACCGAAGCAUUUGAAGAUGUUGGCCAUUCGGCCGAUGCCCGCGAACUGUUGGUACAGUUCAAGAUUGGCGAACUGUGCCCAGAGGACAGGCUAGUAGCGAUGGCCAAACUACGGUCGUCGGCAACCACUACUACCAACCGAUCGGGUGGUGGUAAUAGUUGUUGGCCGCCGAAGCUAUCAGUGGCCGUACCGGUUGUCGGCAGUUGUUGUCUACUACUGCUGACUACUGUUGUUGUUGUCUUGAGAUUAUUGAAAAAGUAA